GACAGUACGUCAAGAAACUCGAGAGACGGAGCGCGUCCCCUGGAGACCGCACGCGUCCACUUCCGGUUUAGCAGAGAGCUGGAAAAAUAGCAACGGCAGAGGAGCACAGCUGGGGAAGGAGGAGGCCAGGCUGGAGCUAAAGCGAUUCGCUGUGCAGAGGAAUGGGCGACGUUUGAUCGGAGAAGGUUCUCUACACACCAGGAGAGACGUCAGUGAGUCAUGGAGGACUGUGGUAGCCUCAUAGAGUUUGAUGUACCUGAGUUCAGCAACACCGUCCUGAACCAGCUCAAUGAGCUCCGUCUCCAGGGCAAGCUGUGCGACAUCAUUGUGCACAUUCAGGGCCAGCCGUUCCGAGCCCACAAGGCUGUUUUGGCCGCCAGUUCACCAUACUUCCGUGAUCAUUCAGCACUAGGCACAAUGAGUGGCCUCUCCAUCUCCGUAAUCAAGAGCCCUGAGGUGUUUGAGCAGCUAUUGGCCUUCUGUUACACUGGCCACAUGGCAUUGCGCCUACGUGAUGUCAUUAGUUUCCUCACCGCUGCCAGCUUCCUCCAAAUGCAGGCUGUGAUUGACAAAUGCACACAAAUUCUUGAGGGUAUUCACUCCAAGAUAAGCAUCCCAGUGCCUGAUGGGACAGAUCCAGAUGACGAUUGCACCUCCUCAAGGUCUGGACCCAAUGGUGUGAAAGAUGGUGGUAUCUUUUUAAACCCCACUCAGAUUUCGCCACCCUAUUAUCCUCGCCAGAAUCAUUGCGCCGAAGGGCGGAACUCAGGUAAGGGGAUGGUGGAGGAGGGUCAGUCAGACCGAGGGAGCAGCGACGGGAUAUCUGAGCAGGAGGUGUCCAUGGAGGUUGAGUCGGAACAGAUAGAACUCAUCGGGAAGGAUGGGCACGUGACAGAUGUCCAUAUAAAGCUGGAGAAAACCGACCGGCCCAGCUACUCCGAUAGCUCGUCGGCAGGUGACGACGGCUACCACACAGAGCUAGUGGAUGGAGAGCAGGUGUUGGCUGUCAGCGUGGGAUCGUACGGGCCUGUGCUUUCCUCUGCCAGAUACGCUUACUCGGCACUACCUUCCCCCUGUUUUGUCAGCCUGAGUUCCUCUAGCCCAUCUCGUUCCUUGCUCAGCAGCGUCCGGGGUGGUCGUGCCCGACCAAAACGUCCCGUGCCUCUUCCAGCCGAUCUACUAACUCGCCUCAAGCCUGGUGCCGAUGAAGGAGAUCCACCUGCGACGGCAACUACCUUAGAAAACGACGUGAGGGAGCGUAGUUUCCGCGGACAGUGGUACCCAUACAACGAGCGGCUCAUCUGCAUCUACUGCGGCAAGUCCUUCAAUCAAAAGGGCAGCCUGGACCGUCACAUGCGUCUGCACAUGGGCAUCACGCCCUUCGUCUGCAAGUUCUGCGGCAAGAAGUACACCCGCAAAGAUCAGCUGGAGUACCACAUCCGCGGCCACACGGACAACAAACCCUUCCACUGCCAGAUCUGCGGUAAAUGUUUUCCCUUUCAAGGCACACUCAACCAGCACUUGCGCAAGAAGCACAUGACCUCUGGCACAGAAGUUAAUCACACUGACUUGCUGGGAGAGGCACCAGAUGGCCAGAGAGGGGAGCAAGAGGAUACCUCAGAGGGCGAAGUAGCCUGCGGAGCAGCGUAUCCUGAUGAUUUGUCACUAAAAACCGCCAGCGAAGAGAGUGGCAAGUGUAGUCCGGAAGAAACCCCUGCGUCCAAACCCCUGCGUGGAUAUUAAGUAAAACCUUUUCCAUUUACUUGGUUGUUUGUCCUACUUAUCUAAUAAGGAAGCUUAAAUGGUUACUCUUUUCAUGAUUAAGCCCAGCUGUUUCUAAAGAAAGACAAGAAAUAACCCGCCUUGCGCGUUUUCUACUCGUCCAUUUUUGUGGAAGUUCUACACAGGACUAAGACAGAGAGAAAGAGUUUUUAAGUAGUUGGUUUUUUUUUUUUUUUUUUUUUGUUUUCUUUCAAAGGGAAGGAGUCCUAUAAUCGGGGAAUUAAAUAACUGGGGUGGGGGUCUCUGUAAUCAAGGCCACCUAAGAGUUUUAUCACAUUUUUAUAUAUCUAUAUAUAUUUCCAUGUUUUUCAACAUAUUUACAGAAUAAUAUAGGCAUGUUGCAAUAAUGAAUAAUGUGAAAGCUCAGAUGAGAUGCUUGUCAUAUCACGCUUUUACCUGACCUGUUUUUGCACAUGUGGCCUGUAGUAGGUCACUCACUCACAAGGAAUGGUUUAUCUGCCAGUGCAAGGCUCUUUGUGACACAUCUGUUCAAUACCUCAUUACACAACCUCAACAUACUCAUAAUGGACAGUAUUUGUAGCUUGUCUUCAACUCCAGCCAGGUUUUACCUCAUAGCAAAGAACCUGAAUGGAGGGGAAGAAGCUUCUCUCAAUAAAGUUCUGUUUGUUUUCUAAAGGGUUGGAAUGCAAAACCCCUGAUCAAAACAUCUCCACUUUAUACUACUUCAGUGAAAUUUUCUUUAGUGAUUGUAUGAAUCCUGUUCAGUUUUUCUCUAGCAGUCAUGUUAUGUAUGUCUAUGGGAAAAUUGCUAAUACAAGGUGUACCUGUGGUGUAUUUCAGGAUCUAGGAUCUACUACAUGUGAUGCCAUUUUCUUCCACUUUUUCAUUGUUUCAAUGCCAUAUUUUUCCUAGAAUCACAGUCUGUCGUUAUGCACUCUUUGUGUAACAUUAUUCAUUUGGUUAUGAUGAUAUCAAUGGUAUAGUUGCAAAUUAGUGCUCGAGUUAAAUCAAUUUGAUUGUUAAUUCAAAUUUUUUACUUUUUUUUUUUUGCUUUUGUGCCAACUUUCUUUCUUUCUUUCUCUUUCUUUCUUUCUUUCUUUCUUUCUUUUUCACAAAAAAAGUUAUUUUGAAAUAUGAGUUUUCCCAGACACGAGGAGGGUGUGCCUUUAUUGAUAUAUUUGUGAAUGCGUUUCUGAAAGGGGUUCAUUCAAGAUAUGAAAAUAUCCUAAGGGCCAUAUCAUCGUGGAAAAA